AAAAAAACAAUAAAUGGAAAUUAAUAAUUAAUCGUAAACAUGAAAUAUUUAUGAGGAAAAUAAUAAUACAUAUAUUAGUUAUAUAUUAGUUAUAUAAAAAGUUCAAACAAUAUAAAUGAUAUAUCAAUCCAUAAAUAAUUAAUAAAAAAUUGACAGAGACAAAUUAAUUCGCGAGUAGACCGUGACGGCGCUUCUAGCGUUAGUAAUUGUCACUUUUCCGUUGACCGCCGUGUGAAUUUAUGCGAAUAUUUCGCGGUGCUUAUUCGUGAAUAUAGUGAUGUUCUAAUUGUUGCUUGUAAAAUAUGUUAAUUGAUUGUACACGAAAACACCACGUCAUAUUUAAAUAAGUGUUAUAUAACAGUGAGUGCAUAUAAAAGAUGACUGAACCAAAACCGUCAGGAAUAAGACCACCCUCAAAAAUUGGUCGACCAUGCAGUAAUUUGCCACCAAGACCAGCUGUUCCACCAUCACCUCCAAGACCAUCAAUGAAUAACAGCGUGGUCCUGACGGAGGACACGGACAGCUUCAUAAUAGGAGAUCGAGUAUGGGUCGGUGGCACGAAACCAGGCGCUAUUGCCUAUAUCGGCGAAACUAAAUUUGCCCCUGGAGAUUGGGCUGGUGUAGUGCUGGACGAACCGAUUGGCAAGAACGAUGGAUCUGUGGCUGGGUCCCGGUACUUUCAAUGCGAGCCAAAGCGAGGGAUCUUUUCUCGAUUGACCAGGCUGACCAGAGAACCGUUGAUCGAUGCCACUGAAACGUCGCCAACACAAAAGACACCUACGUCACCACCUGAGAGCCUCAGCAAAUCCAUGUCUCCGUCUCUGAACGCAUCAACGACGAGUAUAUCGUCCAUGGUGUCGCAGAAGGAUCUCAGGAUAGGUGACAGAGUAAUAGUAUCAUCCAGUCAAGGCAGCAAAACCGGUGUCCUGAGAUACGUCGGCACCACAGAAUUUGCACCCGGCGAGUGGUGCGGCGUGGAAUUGGAUGAGCCGAUUGGAAAGAACGACGGCUCCGUCAACGAGAAGAGGUACUUCGAGUGUCGACCUAAAUACGGGCUGUUCGCACCCGCGCACAAGGUCAGCCGGUCGCCAUCAAGCAAAAGGUCAUCAUGCAUAGUGCACAAACCAACUGGCGCUGCGCUGAACAUGUCCCUGAGGAAGACCGGUUCCAGAGAAUCAUUGGCCUCGGUGUCGAGCAUCAUCAGCACUACCCCGAGCACAGUGAGCAGGGCUAGCGUUAGCGCCGCGAGGGAAACAUUGAAGGAGAAACAACAAGAGAUCGAGAUCCUGCGGAAAGAACGAGAUUUAGAACGUGAACGAAUUACGAAAGCCGCAAAUCAAGCAGAUCAAGCAGAACAAUCGCUUAUUUCAAUAACAAAAGAAUAUGAGCAGUAUCGAGAAAAAAUGCAAAAAACUGUUACUGAGGCGGAGGUUGCAUUUUCAAAAUUACUCGAGGAGAAAAAUGCACUUGCUCUACAACUGGAGGAAGAGAAAAGGAAGUGCGAAGAUCUUCUGUUUCGUUUUGAAGAAGAGUCGGUUAACAAGGAUGAUAUCCAGGUGAUAAAUACUGUAAAUGAAACUAAGAUCAAAGAUCUCGAGAAGCAAUUGCUGGAAGAAAGAGAACGUGUUGCUCAACUUGAACAUGAUAGCAUCAAAUUAUUCGAAACAGAAGAAGAACUAGCACGUCUUCGCAAUGAAGCUUCUAAUGCUGCUCUUCAAGAAAAACAUCAACUAGAAGACUUGCAGAAUCGCAAUAAAAUUUUGGAAGAAAGUAGAAAUAAUCUUGAGAAUGAAGUGCAAGAGAAAAAAAUACUUAUGGAACAAUAUAUAACUCGCAUAGAAGAAUUAGAGUCAAAAUUGAAUGAAAAUCAGCAUGAAACUGCGGCUCAUAAAGAAUCAGAAACUAGUUUACGAACAGAAAUAGAACGUGCAACGAAAGAUUUGCAAAAAAAGAAUACGUUGAUAGAAGAUAUGAGAAAGGAAUUCGAACAGAGUACAAAUACUUUGAAAGAACAGUUACAAAAAGCUACAGAAACAAUAGAAAAUAUUAAAAAAGAAAGUACGAGCGAAAAGGAAUUGUUGAUGUCUAAGUAUGAAAAGAUAGUUGAAGAGAAAGAAGGUCUUCUGAAAGCAAAAACGCAAGAAUUAGAGCUACAAUCAAAGAAACAAUUAGAAGUACAAAAUGUUGCGUUGGAGAAUCUUAAGACUGAGAAUAUGAAGCAAAUUAGCAAACUUUCAGAGUCUUUCAAUGAACAAUUGAACAUGAAAGAUUCGAAAAUUAAAGAAGUUUCUAAUCAACUCGAUCAGAAAAUAUCUGAGACUGAAAAAUUGAUGGCUGAAUUAUCUGCGCAAAUAAAUAUAAGUAAGAAAAAAGAUGAAGAAUUAUCCGCCGCCUUAAAGCAACUCGAAGAGUUAAAUGAAAAACUCAAAUUAAUGGAAGAAAGGAAUAGUUUGCUUUCUAAGCAAAUUCAGGAGUAUCAAACAAUGACUGAGGAUAAUUUUAAAGUAGUCCAGGAAAAGCAGAAAUUGGAUCAAAUUGAAGAAAAAGCAAAAUGUAUAGAAGAAGCAAAUGCUUAUAUAUCUCAAAAAUCCCUAUUACUCGAUAAAUUAGAAAAUGAUGUCCGAGAAUUAAAAUCGAUUCUUGCCAAUAAAGAUGAAGAAAUAAAAAAUCUCACACAAAAAACUUUAGAAUUGCAAAAUGCACUAACUUUAUCAGAACAAGCUAAAACGAAUUUGGAAACUGAAUUCUCUGGACUUCAAAGUAAUAUAGGACAAUUAAAUCAACAAAUUGCUGGUACAGAAAAUAAAUUAUCCCAAGUCACUUCCCAAAAGGAUAAAUUGGAAGCUGAUAUUGCAAAUUUAAUAAGCACUUCUACUAAUUCUUCGGAGCAACUUAUGAAAUACAAUGAGGAUUUACGAGCGAAAGAAAAAGAACUUACUGAAUUUAAGGAUGAAAUAUUCAAAAAUGAAACUACGCUGAAAUUAUUAGAAUCAAAGUUGACUAAUACAGAGGCAGAAUUAAACAAAGCUAACACACAAAUUCAAGAGCAACAAACAGAAUUAGAAAAUAGAAAAUCUGAAUUAGAAAAGGAGAAGAAAUUAAACACAGAGUUAUCUGGUAAAAUAAAGGGAUUUGAAACAGAAAAUAUAGACCUUCAAAAACAAAUAAAAGAAAAUGGUCAUAUUAAAGAAGAACUCAAAGAAAAAACCCAGGAAUCAUUGAAUCUUUCAAGUGAAUUAAACAAUAAUAAAGAAGAAAUCCUUAAUUUACAAUAUCAAUGUGAAGCUUUGAAAAAUUCACAUAAAGAAGAAAUAUCUUCUUUUCAGAAAAUGAUUAAUAAUUUAAAAACAGAACUAACUACUUCUCAAGAGGAAACAAAAGCCUUGCAAAAGAUAAAAUCUAAAUUAGAAGCAGAUCAAAGUGCUAAUCGUUGGUCAAUUGAAGAAUUGACAGAAAAACUCGAAGCUGAAACGACAAUUCGUACGAAAUUAGAAUCAUUAAUAACAGAAAAAGAUUCCAAUCUGAAAAAAUUACAAGAAAAAUAUGAAGAUUUACAGAGAACGAACGAAACUUUGAUAACUAGCAAAGAAGCUACUGACAAAAAUCUUAUAACAUCAUUAGAUAGUAUGUCCAAUGAAGUACAAGAAUUAAAAGAUAAAUUAAAUGUUACUAUGAAAACAAUUAAAAUCAAAGAAGAUGUUCUUACUCAAAUGAAAAAAGAAGCUGAAGAAACUGAAGCACAAAUUUUAAAACUUAAUGACACUGUUUCUUCUAUGCAAAAAGAACAAACAGAUAAAGUGGUCGAAAUGAAAAAAUUACAAGAGAUAUUAUCAGAAAAGGAAAAAGAAAUAUCUAACAUUACGAAAACAAAAAUUUCUUUAGAAAAUAAUCUAAAAUCUCUAGAAUUAAAAUUAGAGGAAAAUGUAAAAACUUUAGAAUCACAGUUAAAGACUAUACAACAUGAAUUGGAUGUAAAAAAUGAUAUACUUCGAGAAUCAGAACAUGUUAUAAAAGAGUUAAAAAGCUCAAAAGAAGAAUCUGUAAUGAAAUUACAAAGUACUUUAGAAUGUGAAAUGAAAGCUAAGCAAACUGAACUUGAAUCUGCAAUGCAGAGAAAUACUGAAUUACAAAAACAGCAAAAAUUACUUCAAGAUAUUGUAGAGAAACAAAUUAAUGAUUUGAAUAAUAAAGAAAUAACGAUCAAUAAAUUAACAACACAAAUUAAAGCUUUAGAAGAUGCACAAAUGGAAAAAUUAAAUAAUGAACAGGUGCAAAAUAAGGAAGUUAAACUCAUUCAAAGUAAACUAAAUGAAGUGAUUAAAGAAAACAGAAACUUACUUGAAAAUAAGGAAUCUUUUGAAAGAUUGUUCGCAGAACAAGAACAGAAAACUGAAAUGUUGACAAAUACCAUAAAAAUGAAAGAAAAAGAAACUGAAAAAAAUAUUCAAAAUUUCGUAGAAAAAUUGAAUAUUAUGUCCACGGAAUCUGCACAAUUAAAAGAAGCACAAAAUAAUUUUUGAUAAAGAUAUUGAUAUCUUAAAGUUAAAAGAAGAAUAUGAAACAGCGAAGAGUCAAAUAGAUUUCUUGAAUUCUGUAAUAGUGGACAUGCAACGUAAAAAUGAAGCUUUAUUAUGCAAAGUUGAAGUUCUUGAAAUGGGAGUACCUGCCAACGAAGCUGAUGACUAUACAAAAACCACAUUAGAAAAACGAAUGGCUGCGCCACGUAUGUUCUGUGAUAUUUGUGAUCAAUUCGAUUUGCACGAAACCGAGGAUUGUCCACGACAAGCUCAAGAUUUUCUAGAUACAGAAAAGGUUGCAAAACCUCCGAAGAAAACGCCAGUGGAAAGACCAUACUGCGAAAACUGUGAAAUGUUUGGACACGAUACUCGUGAAUGCGAUGAUGCUGAAACUUUUUAAUGGCGUGUUGUCAUUUGUUGACCUAUUAUUGCUUCUCAAAGAUACAAAAGAAAAGACCUGUUAAGAUUUUUGCAGAGUAUAUUUUUAUAUGAAAGAAUUUAAAUGCUACAGUUAUGUGCAUGUCUUCCUGCAUAGGGAUAUGCGUGUCCAUCCAAAAUACAUCGAUAAUUCGAUGAAAAAUUUGUGCUCCUUGUGUUAAAUUCAUGGUUUAAAAGUUUAUAUAUGUUUAUCAGAAUGUUUUUGUGUGUAUAUUUGUUGUGCUUCCACAUCAUUGUUAAAGUACAAGGCCAUAUAUCAGUUCUAUUACAAAAGUUAUGACUAAGUUAUUUUAUAGUACAUUGCUAAAUUAUAUUGUAGAAUUGGAGCAUAUUCUAUUUACAUAAUGAACAAUUUAACGCAUACGAGACUUUGAAUGAAAGUCAAAUGUAAUUAUGUAUAUACUAGUUAUUUGUGUCAACUUGUAAAUGUAUUUAAUAAUUUAUUUAGUGUUUAAAAAUGUCAUACAUUUAAUAAUAGUUCCUUUAAUGAAUGAAUUCAAUGAAUGAGCCAUUGGGACUAAUUAGGAUUAGUCCAAGGCAUUUCUUACACAAUUUUUCAAAACUUAUAUUGACAUGAUUGUAGUACACUUUUUCUGAAAAAAUAUUUGUAUUUCCUGCAUAAUGAAAGUAAGUAUUUAUUGUUUUGCGUGUAUGUUUUGUUUUUGCUAUCAACUUUUGUACAAAGUUUGUUUCAGCAGAAUUGUACUACUAUAACUUACCUUUGUCUUGCCCUUCAACUUUAUGCUAUAAUACAGGGUUGAUAUCUUGUCUUGAAUUUGAAUCUUGUCUCAAAUUGUAUAUUUAAUAAAUUAGAUCUAAGCUUUGUAGUUAAAAAUGAAUAAAAUUGUAAGAGACUGAUUUUAGUAUUUUGCAUAAAUUUAUUAACAGUAAUUCAUUUUGAACAAUAAAAAAUGAUUUUUCAUUAUGCUUCCUAUUUUUUGAGAGAAAAACUGAUUUAAAAUAAAGAAUAAAAUUCUUUUUUAGUUUCCAAAAUUAUUAUUUACUCAUUCCUAUGUACAAAUGUAUAGCUUUUAAUGUAAUAAAUCCAGUCUCUUAGUAAUCCAAAAAGUUGACAAUACAUAUCUUAUUUACAGUAUUUUCUUAAUAUUUAAAAUCAAUAUCAAAAAUAACUUGUGAUUUAAUCUAAUCCUUCUUUCUUUUCUUUAAUAGCCUCCUUAAAACGUUCUUCAAAUAAUGAAAGUUCUGCUAUGAGAUCUGUAAUAGCAUGCAUAAAUGCUUCAUGUGGCGUGUAGUCUGAUGUAGUUUGAAUUCUAAUCACAAACUUGUGUUCCAACGGAUGUGGAACUUUGUAUCCAGCGAACAAAACUUGAGGAUCCUUCAGUAACUGACUAUUUUUCUCUCCUUCGUAUAGAAGGAAUGAUUCAAAUGUCGGAGGCGCAUUCAUAUUGCAAUCUUAUUAUAUUUAGUGUCAAGCUGUUGUGGAAGAUUUUUUUUUUUACAAAAUUUAUACACAAGUAUGACAGACAGGGAUUAUAAUUCCUAUCUAAAAUUAUAUCGUAACUGCAGCGCUCUCAAAUACAAAACCACUACACAAGUAUGACAGACAGGGAUUAUAAUUCCUAUCUAAAAUUAUAUCGUAACUGCAGCGCUCUCUA